AUGCCUUGCUCCCUCUCUUUCAGAAAGCUUCACGCCACCACCACUCACCGUCGCCCUUCUCCUUCGUCUUCUCACCUUCGCUCACCACUCACCGAGACAUUGAAGUUCUUCUCUCUCAAAGAAAGCCGCUGCUCUCUUCUUCAAGCUGGUCCAGCCGCCGUCGAAUCUGGUCCAGCCGCCUCCCCACUCCCACUGCUCCAGCGCCGUCGAAGCUCGUCUUUAUCGCUGUUGUCUGUUCCAAUUCCAUCGCCUGUGCUCCACUGCUCCCUCUCCCUCAACUCGGAAGAAGAAAAGGAAGACGUAACAGUGACAUGGCAGAAUUUGUGGGUUACUGUUGCAGAUGGAAACAAAAGGAAACCAAUUCUGCAGGGUCUCACCGGUUAUGCUCAACCGGGGAAGCUUUUGGCCAUAAUGGGUCCUUCUGGCUGUGGCAAAUCCACACUUCUUGAUGCCUUAUCAGGGAGAUUAAGCUCUAGCGUCAAACAGACGGGUAAAAUUUUAAUCAAUGGCCACAAACAAGCACUGGCUUAUGGAACUUCAGGAUAUGUAACACAAGAUGAUGCUAUGCUCUCAACUUUGACCGCUGGGGAAACUUUAUACUACUCAGCUCAGCUCCAGUUUCCAGAUUCCAUGUCCACUUCUGAGAAGAAGGAACAAGCUGAUAUAACACUGAGGGAAAUGGGACUCCAAGAUGCCAUUGAUACAAGGGUUGGAGGAUGGGGUUCUAAAGGCCUAAGGGGUGGACUCCAAUCUGAAUAG